AUGAUCAGACACUUUCUCUUACAACUUUUGCAUUGUGAUUACCUGGUCUGUGCAAAAUUAUUUGAAUAUCUGUAUGGGCAGGGCAAAUUUAAUGAAGCACAGCGUAUCUCAAAAGUUGUUUGUAACGGACUUCUUUGUGCUUCCCAGGCCAGAUCAUUUGAUGGUAUUUACCAAACGCUACUCGCGUUGGGGACACUGCAGAACAAGAAGGCCGUUGCUGGUGAAAGGGCAGUUGUCUUAGACUCGAGCUACGUUUCCACUGCGACACAGAAGGUCACUGGCAGUAAACUACUUAGCUCAUCAUGGCAGACGGCAGAUGGGAGCAGUGCUUCCAUAUUGUUAAACAAUAUAUCAGAAAUUGCUUUAAAGCAAACGGAUAAUGUCAAUGUCCAGUUGUCGUCCUUUGCAGUGAAUCCAUUUGCGUGGAACAGAGACAACUCAAUAAACAGUUCAGUGGCAAGCCUGCAAGUGAGUGAUGUGAAGAGAAGCAUCAACGCCACGUCGGCACUGGUCAAGGUAAAAAACCUAGCGAUUGCCGAGCAGGUGACAAACUUUACGGCAACCUCUGCCGGCGACAUUUCAGUGGAUAAACGGUUCACGGUUAAAAGCAACAGAUCCGCAGUGUUGUUGGACAUUUUGCAAGCCGACGACGUGGUAGGCGGGCUGGAGCUCCUCAUCAGAUAUCAGCAGGCUCCUCAGCUUGAGCCUCUGGUGUUUGACUACCGCUUCGUAUGGGAAUCAAACAACUCGGCAGGCAGUGACCAACAAUCACCAAUCAGAAACGACACUGAGCGCAAAAACAAUACCGCGGACGGACAACGACGUCAACAUUCAUUUUUCAUCCCCAGUAAUGAAACUCAGCCCGGGGUUUAUUACAUCACGUUAAAGUCUAAAGGUAAGACUUGUCACCUGUAACUUCAAACACGCAAUGGAUAUUGCGAUUGAUUAAAGUGUAUUGCCAAACGCAGUGAAUAUUUAUUGCUUGCCUGAUUUUUUUUCUUUCACGGCCUUUUUAGAUAGCAAUAAAAGCCUCAAUGGUGUGUCUGUAAAAAUACUGUUGUGGACGGCUGCCUGCAAAGUGUGGGAUGGUGUCCAUGGUGAAUGGAGUUACAGUUUGGCACAAGUACGUCCAACGCAACGUAUCUUUCAUAUUUAAUAGUCUAUGUGUUAAAUUAUUGUGAAACAAGUAAUGAUGCAUGUAUUAAUCAAUUAAAAUAAAAUUUUAUGCUCAUGCUACUGCCAUGGAAUCAGGCGUGAACUAUUUGUUUUGGUGCUGAAUGCAAUACCGUAGUUCCAAACUAUCCGUGCCGCCACUAGAUGCACUGCAUUCACCACAAGGUUACGGGAUAAUCAUUGAAUGAAAUCACGAGCACGAAUUGUGACGAGUCAUCACAUUGCGAGUGUAACAAAUCACGAGAUGCCAACUUAUUUUAACCGUCGUACUUUCCAGUACUUAAACAGAGACAAUCAACACGUAAGCCUUUUAUGUCGUCCACUCGUUUAACUC